AUGAUGAUGGCGGGAGGUCUGGAGCAAGCUUUUGCGUCCGAGGCCUCUGAAGAAAGCAGAUCCACGUGCGAGAAGGCUGCCGCCGCUGGGCAAGAGGCGUCUUCUACUUGGUUUCCCGCAGAGGAGAACAUGGAUUUCCUGAUGGAUCCGACGUGCUUGCUAACGAAGCACGGAUUUGAAACAGCAGACGUGCUUGGUUUUCUGGGAGGUUGUGUCUUGACAAAACUUGCUGUGUAUGGUUGCCUCGUGCGUGUCUGUCAAAGGUGGCAGCCCUGUCGACGCUUCCUCACUCGCACACGACCGGGAUCGGCACUGUCGGCAAGGAUGCAGGAAAGACAUCCAUACUUCGUGGCGUGGUUUCAUGCGAAAUCGCAGGAAUGGGCCCUCCAGUCAAUCGAAAACCGAGCCCGUCGCCGAGAAAGGCUGCGACGCUUCUUGCCUAUGAUGGUCACCACGUCGGGUGUCUUCGACCAAGAAAAAGUACAACGAUAUGAACAAAGGAUAAAUGAAAAUGGAGGACAACCACGCGAACAUCUAGAUCGGUUCAGAAGAAAAACAUCGACCGCAAAUGGGUCCGCCUACCUACACCGGAACUUUUUGGAUGAGAGAACAAGCGCGACCAGCUCCGACACGCUUGAAAAUGCUGGACAGGCGGCCGUCGUGUCUGCUCCCCAAAGGGAGGGCCACGUUUUUUUAAGGACCAUGCUUACUUGUUUAUAUUUUCUUUUUCGCUUAUCUUCAACAUUUUUGUAUUGAUUUUUUGAACAUUGCGCAACACAAUCUGGAGGUUUUUCGAUAGCAAAUAGAAGACCGGGAGUUCUAGAGCAGGACCAAUGAGCUUGAUUCAAUGGAAUUCCAAUUUCAGGUUGGACAUCCAGCCUCUAUGUGUUCCGAAAGUUAGGCAAACUACCUACGCGCUAUAGAGUGGAUUUGUACUUAGCCGCGUUGAAGAAAGAUGCCGUUAGCACGUCAACAUGCACAUCAUAGACCCCCACUUCUAAAAAACGAUAACGAUUUACAACGAAGUAGAAGAACAGUAGCAGCUGCAAUACCGCAACAUGAAGAAAAAUUGCACGCCAAUUCUAAACUUGUGGAGCAACCCGGCAAUCUCGGUGUUGGGAUGGUUGAAGCGAUAGCUCUUUUUAAAUGUCUGUGGCCAUUCGUGUUUCCGAUAGCGAUGUACGUCAACUUUCGCCUCUACUUUAAGCGUUGAUCCCAGUUCGUUGCAAUAUAAUUCUUGUAUUUAUCUCAUGACAUCCUUGGUUAGUCCAAGUCGUCCCUAUCAAAAUAUUUAAAUCUUGUAUUUCGUACUUGAGUUAGCUUAGUUCGCCUUCGCUCUACCAUUUGGUCUACCAUCUGAUAAGUGGACGAGAAAAUCAUUUUUUGCAAGGAGCUUUGCAAAGCCGAAGUCUAAUUGCUGCACAAUUAACGAAACGCGUCUAGAAAAACAGAAAAUUGCGAUGGCAGAAAAGUUACGCUUGGAGGAAGCAGAGAAAAAUAGAAGAGACUGACUCUGGGAUCUGCGAUUCUUGCCUGCCUACUUUGUGUCAUCUAGGUUGAUGUACAGGUUCUUUGGAAAGACUGACAUUGAUGAUAUUAGCAGAUCUUUUGAAACUGUCACAUCAUGCGUUGGUCGUACCAUGGACGCAGAUAGUAGAUCUUAAUGACAGCGUCUUUUUUUUUUUACUGCCUGCACAACCUCCAAUUUUUUGUUGAGUACUGAGGUUGAUCAUGAAGACAUGGUGAUCACGGUGAUCCUCACAGGUAACGACCUCUGUAGAAUUCAAAAAUUCAAAAAUAACUGAGCUUUUCGCUCUGGUCUCCUCACAACGGCCUACAAACAGCGUAUUUUUAGCUGCUGAGACCCAUCUGUACGUCAAAUGGCGACUUUAGUGUCGUUGUUGUGUUUGAGCCACCACACGAAGGCAUCACGUAAGUGGUUCUAUCAGUCUAACUGAAGUGCCAUUUUUCCGAUAGAUGAGGUGAGGGAGCUUGUUGUCGUCCAUGUGUUCACCUUACUCGGUGCUAUUUGCUUUAUUUUUUCUUAAAGAAGAGAUCGUUGUAGUUUGUUGAGCUUGAGUCCAGAGUUCUUUGCUUUUGGGAGGACUUCUGUUGUAGAAGUAGAGACGAGAGGACGGCUGCUCUGUGGACGACGACGAGAGAUAAAAUUCAAAAAA